GCAGUUUAACCCACAGCAGGUGUAAGAGGACGUUGGAUAAACCUUUUUGAGAAUAUUCUGGUUUCAUCUUUGGCUUUGCAAUCAUGGAAAUCAUUGGAGUUUCACGAAAUCUUCUGGUGUUCAUAUCAGUUCUGUCUCUGGCCAGUGCAUCAACACCACAACCAACAACAACAGCAAACUCCACAGCAGCAGCACCAGCAAAUACUACAACUGCAUUCCCCACACAUGUAAAUACAACUAGAACUACAACUGCUAAAACCUCCACUGCUGUUUCCGGCACUCAAUGGCCGGCGAUUUUCUAUCAAUUUGGCCCGGAUGUCGGAGACGUUCAGACCUUUGGUUCUGGUUAUCCUGGUGAAAAAAAAGCUUCUGUUAACCUAGCCAGUCCAUUUGUAUAUUUUGGGCGCACGUACAACCUAAUAUAUGUUAACUCUUAUGGAGUCCUUUCAUUCAACCAAUCAAUAUCAAAAGAAAUUUCGUACAAUAUUCCAACUUAUGGAAGUGUGGAUUUAAUUGCUCCUCUUUGGGCUGAUAUCGAUGCCUAUGUAUUUGUUGUGUUCUACUAUCAUGAGUACACAUCUGGAAAUGUCCUCACACGAGCCACAGAAGAUAUCAAACGCUAUUACCCUGGUCUGAGCUUCAACGCUACUUGGGUCUUUGUAGCAACUUGGGGUUUUAGCACACUUUUAACAAAUUCAUCAAUCCCGUUUCAAGCGGUUUUAAUUUCGGAUGGUGUCUCCUCCUUUAUUCUGAUGAACUAUGGUGACAUGAGUGUGAUCAAUUAUCCAGUGGUGGCUGGAUAUGACACAAUUGGCUCAAUAAAUUACUUUGUCAUUCCUGGAUCAAACGAUGGCAGCCUCAACUCCACAAGUAAUGUAAACACUCCAGGUCGUUGGGUUUUUUCUCUGAAUAAAGAAAACGUGGUAGGACUUCAAAUGAAAGUCACUUCCAUGUUAGACCUAACAGACAAUGGAAACCUUGCAUUUGUUAUGCAGAAACUAAAUGAUGAGCUGGUUAAUCGUGGCAUGCCGAGUUAUGUGCAGGUGACUGCACGCAGAGUCCAGAAGGCUCCGUAAAAUAACCCUCAUAUACAGAAGCAAAUGGAAACCAGUUUUAGUCUCUG